AUGAAGUUUGCUGACCAUCUAACCGAGUCUGCGAUCCCGGAAUGGAGGGACAAGUAUAUCGAUUACAAGGUCGGCAAGAAGAAGCUUCGCCGCUAUAAGGACAAGUUGGUGGCCGAAGAGGAGGAAUACAGCUCCUAUCGGAGCUGGAUGCCCGGUAUGGCGGCACAGGGGAGUGGAUUUCGGCAGAGGGAGAGCGCUAAUAACCGCAGUGGUGGAGAUUAUCGGUCUGGACCUGCCUUUAAGAAGGACUACUCUGCCCUGCAGAGAGAGUUUGUUGCUGACUUCAUCGAGGACUGGUUGAUCAGGUUCCAGUUGAGCAAGUGCAACGAGUUUUAUCUUUGGCUGCUAAAGGAGUGUGACAAGAAGUUUGAUGUUUUGGAGUCGCAGCUGCGCUACUACUUGAUGCAGAAAAACUACGAAAGGGAUAAUUUGAUCCGGUCCAGUUCGCAUGUCGACAUGUCGACAAGUCUGUACACGGCAGGCGUUGCUGGUCGUUCUGACUCCAGGACGAACAGUAUCGACAGCGAUAGCCGGUCUGUUGUGUACGGGUCGAUGCCCUGCGUUAAAGAGGCCAACAAGCCCCGUUUAUCGCUGCUGGCGUAUUGUAAGAAAGUGCUCAAGGACAACAGGUUGCUGCCAUCGUGGCCCAAGCGAGGGUUUUCGCUGUUGCACGACCUGAAGCAAGAUGCGUCUGCGAGGGGCCGCGAAACUUUUGCCUUUGGCGCAUCGUUUUUGGACACGAUGACGACCACGCAGGCUCAGAACUUGCUAAGCAACGCUAUAAUUGAGUACUAUUUGUAUUUGCAGCUGGUCAAGUCGUUCCGGGACAUUAACGUCACCGGGUUCCGCAAAAUGGUCAAGAAGUUUGACAAGACGUGCCACACCAGAGAGUUGACCACGUUCAUGUCGUAUGCUAGGACCCACUACACUCUUUUCAAGCACGCGGAUGCCAACGUGCAACUGGUUGCACAAAAGAUGCAGCUAAUAACUAGUUCGCAACCGGCACCCACUGCUGACCUCUCCUCGGCUCAAAGAGACAAAGAACCAAUCACUUGGUUGGAAACGCAGAUCACUGAGUGGUUCACCACCACGUUGACCAAUACACCCAAGGACAGAAAACACAAUACCCACAAGUUGAAAAGGUUGACCAUUCAAUACUCCAUCUCCGAACAGAUGGUUCAUAGAAACAAUAGAUCGAUUGGGCAGAUGCUUGUUGUCGGGUUGGGCAUAGGUGUGUCAAUGACUUUGAUUACUUACACUUUAUAUUUGGCUAUCAGCUCUGAAGAAACUUCAUUUACGCACAAGAUUCUGUUCCCAUUGUGGGGUGGCUGGUACAUGGUUUUGCUGAUCGCGUUCCUUUUCCUUGUUGCUUGUUUUAUUUGGCAUAGAACCGGAAUUAAUUAUAGAUUUAUUAUGCUGGGUGAAAUUCAAUCCAAGAAUGGUACGCAAUUCUUCAACAACGAUUUUGCCACAAGCAAAAUUCCACUCAAAUUGUACUUUUUAACUUUUUUCAUCGUACCUUGUGCCGUCUGUUCAAUGUUGAGUUUUGCUUUGGAAAAACUUACACCCUUGGGGUUCUUUUACAUUGGUAUUGUGACUUUCUUAUUCUUGUGCCCCUCUGGUCUGAUCCCAUAUUGGGACAAAGUCGUGCACACUAGAAAAUGGCUGGUAGUGACCCUUAUUAGACUGAUGAUGUCUGGUUUUUUCCCCGUUGAAUUUGGUGAUUUCUUCUUGGGUGAUAUUAUUAGUUCAUUAACGUAUUCUAUUGCCGAUAUUGCCAUGUUUUUUUGUGUUUAUUCGCAUACUCCCAAUAAUUUGUGUGGCUCUUCACAUUCCAGAGCAAUGGGUUUCUUAUCCUGCUUACCAAGUUAUUGGAGAUUUAUGCAAUGUUUAAGAAGAUUUGCUGAUUCUGGUGAUUGGUUCCCGCAUCUUUUGAACGCUGCUAAAUAUACUCUGGGUAUAGCGUAUAAUGCUACACUGUGUGCCUACAGAUUGUCUGACCGCUCAGAACAAAGGAGGACCCCCUUUGUUGUUUGUGCCACGUUGAAUUCGCUCCUCACUUCUUCCUGGGAUUUAGUCAUGGAUUGGUCCGUUCUUCACAACACCACAUCUUAUAAUUGGCUGCUAAGAGACGAUUUGUAUUUAGCUGGCAAAAAGAAUUGGGAAAACGGUAGCUAUUCAUUCAGCAGGAAAUUGGUUUAUUACUUUGCUAUGAUGUGGGAUGUUCUUAUCAGAUUUGAAUGGAUUGUAUACGCAAUUGCUCCUCAAACAAUUCAACAAAGUGCUGUAACUUCUUUCAUAUUAGCGACUUUGGAAGUAUUGAGAAGAUUUGUUUGGAUAAUCUUCAGAGUGGAAAAUGAACACGUCGCUAAUGUCCACCUGUUCAGAGUCACUGGCGACGCUCCUUUACCUUAUCCAAUUGCUCAGGUUGAUGAUGAUUCCAUCGGCAGUAAUGAUUUGGGGUCAAAGGCCUUCUCAUCAUUGAAUGAUAUACCUAUCACACCUUCACAUGACAAUGAUCCUCAUAGCUUUGCUGAACCCAUGCCCGCAUACCGCGGGACCUUCAGAAGAAGGUCCUCUGUAUUUGAGAAUAUCUCAAGAUCCAUUCCCUGGGCGCAUGCCACUGAUUUCCAGAGGCCUACAGUCAAUACUGUGAAUGAUAGGUCGCCUGAGACAGACAGUGAAAGUGAAGUGGAAAGUAUCAUGUGA